GAAAUGCCUGAAUCCGGCGCAUUGAGAAGACCUGCAGAAAUUGUCUGGUUAAGUAGUUUGUAUUGUUCAUUUUUAAAUAAAUGAAGUAAAAGCAAGUACUCAGUAAAAAUAUGGGAACAUGUGGUUAAAAAAAAAAACCUUUGGAGAAAGAUAAAAUAAAUAUUGUUGACACUUCAAUAGAAAGUGUGCCCCAUUGAAAGCAAAAAAUGAAGAAUGACAAUGUUGAGUGAAGUUUUGGUUUUUCAAAAAAUGUUUGAGCUACAAAAACGUUUUUGGUCUUAUGUGACUGAAUCAACCUUUUUACACAUCUACUGUGUCUGACAUGCAUGGCUUGCAUUUUGAUCAUAAUGCAUACAGGUGGAUCUAAAUGUUUAAUAAAUGAAUUCUGAAGAUUAUUGGUUGUGCUAAGUGAAAAAGGGGCUGAACACAAAUUGUGCCACACUUUUCAGAUUUAAUUUAUAAAGAAAAUUGUGUUUCAUGCAUCCACAAAUAUGAGCUUAUUUGUCGUGAAAUCUCUAUAAAAGUUGUUGCAGUUUGUGGUUAGAGUACAAAGCUGAAUGCUUUUCAAUGACAGUUUAUAUCAGGAAUAGUUAAACAGUUUCCCUCAUCCAUAUUCACACAAGGAGAAGUGAUCUUCAUGACAUAAAAACGAGAGCACACAUUUCAGAUGUGAUGUUACACGUAGAUAGUUCCUAGUCAUCUUAAAUGGAGUUUAAUUAUUGUUUAAUUUAAACGUGUGCUGAUUUGUUGCUUAGCAGAGCUUUGUCCUUCUGCCUGAUCCAACCAGCCGACAUGGAGGGUUUUGACUUCAACGUCUCUGGGUUUUACAUCUCUCAGAGAUCUGCAAAUUUCAGUGGUGAUAUAACCAUCUAUGAGAGCUGCAAAGACAUGCCAGGAGUUCUUAUCUGGUAUUUCAGCCUGCAGUUCACCAACAUGUUCCUGGGCAUCCCGGCCAACAUCACAGUGCUGUGGCUCAUCCACAAGAACAAGAGAGACUCCUCCACCUCGGAUAUUUUCAUUGUUCACCUGGCAGUUCUUGACGUGCUGUUCUGUCUCAUCCCUCCGCUGGAGCUGGCCAGCAUCGUUUUCCUCACCACCAGCAGCACCUGGUACGUCCUGCGCUUCUUCUACGGCUUAAAAGACUUCUCUCCAUUCUUUCUGUCCUGCAUCUGCCUGGACCGUUACAUCGCCGUGAUCCACCCCAUCUUCUUCACCAGGCUGAAGGACCAUCCGUACAGGCCGGCGCUGGCCGUCCUGGUUUGGCUCAUUAUUCUGGCCUACGCUUCAGCUAAAUGUGUUGGAAACAUCGUGCAUUUUGAACUGGUCUUCACAGUGAUGAUACUCUCAACGUUUGCUUUCAUGGUGUUUUGCAACAUAGUGAUUCUCUGGGCCCUGAAGCAGUCCAGGCCCGGCCAGGACGCAAAGCAUCCGGUGAAGAAGAGAGCCUUCAACAUGGUUCUGAUAAUCCUGGCCAUCAUUGUCUUCAACUACUUCCCUCCUGUUGCACUGCUCCCCUUUCAAGAAUACUUCUCUAAAGACGUAUUUCGCUGCUAUAUACACUAUGUCGCUUUUGGCUUGAUGGACUUUAGCAGCACCAUUCAACCUAUGCUUUAUCUAUCCAAGGAAAAGUUCCCAUGGAGACUCAACUGCUGCAGAACCACAACCAACGAGACACAAACAAAUUCAGUCUCACGAGAGAUUUGGUGCUUAUCCCAGCAGUCACAGAACGUCAGCGAGGGAUUAUUCUGAAGAAGCAGUGGAUUACAGAACACAACGAAGAACAGGGGAGGCAUGCAUUUCCAAUUUGCCUGUGCAAAAACACAAAACAGAACCAUUUUUGAUUGCAAUGACAUAAAUGUGCAACAGUAAAUCACAAGAAAUCAAAACAGUUCCCUGUACUUUGCAAAAAUAUUGAUUCAUCAAUUAUUUCUUUUUAUUGUGUACCAGGAAUUCCCUUUAAUCUUUCAAAUUUGUCUUAAACAGUUAUUCUGGCUUUCCUGAGUCUUCUUUGGACUUUAACUGAUUGUUACUCAGUCCAGUAUGACAGGUUCCUAAAACACUCUGCCUUGUUCUAUAAAUCAUUCAGGCAUUUAAACAUUUCUAAACGUAAGGAAUGAAUGUAAAAGUGCAAUUUUUUUAUUGGAUCCUCAGGCGGUUUUGUAAAUUUCAACCCAUCACAAAGGCAGAAUGCUUCAGCUAUUUCUUGUGCUAAAUUUGUAUAAAAAUGAAUAAAGUGGCAAUUUUCCACAGACACAACUAUGUAGCUUAAAAUGUGUUAGAUAUAGUAAAUAAUCAACUGAAGAAUGAUGCGUCUCUCAGUUUCUGUUUUAAGUCUUUCAAAGAAAAAUGAAAAAUCUGUCAAAGUCCAAAGAAGAACUUCCAUGAGGAAGUGUGGAGAGGCACGUAUCCAGAAAGUCUUCUUUAUGGGAAGAAUAGACGAAGAAUAAUAUAGACUUUUAACAAAUAUCAACAUUCUGUGAUCGAAAAUAUGGAACUAUUUACUGGUUUCCAUUGUUUCAUGAAGAGACUCUAAAUGGUUCUUUUAUACUUCAGAUCAAAUACUUCUGAAAUCUUUACACAAUCUCUGAUUUUAUUCUAUAUCUGCUUUUCAACAAAAUAUGUGAUAGGUCAAUACAUAUAAAAAUUUCCAUGCUGUAAUUACUAAUAUCAACAUUAACUCAGGAGGAUAUUGGGACUAUUUAAGCAAGGAGAUGCUAAUUUCUGUCAGCAGAAAUGCUGUUAGCUUCAGCUCUGUUAUAAAGAAGGACAUGAGUAAAAACAACACAGCUCAAACCAAACCCCCAACUUAUAGUUCCUGUUUAGCACUGCAGCGUAGCUAGCUCAUACAAGACAUUAGAAAAGUAGAAGUGUCGUUUUUAUAAUACGUUGUUCAGUAUUUUAGGUAACACAAAGUAUGCUGUAAAGCACAAUUUUAUAACUCUUAUUAUGUGUUGAAUAAAUGUUGAUUUUUUUGGUUCAUAUUAUGUUAAGAAGAAGCAAGUGACCCAUGCUGUGGAGAAAUAUGCAUUUAAAAACUGUAUUAUUCUGCUUUUUGGAUGUAUUAUAUAAAUCCAAUUAAAAAACCCAAUGCUUGCCUUU